AUGAUCCGUCAGCAACAACUUCCAAAUGGCCGCCGCCGCGCCGGAGAAGUCGCCGGCAACGUAACGGCGGAUUGCGCCGCAGUGUGCUGCUGCGUUCCUUGCGCGGUAAUGGACAUGGUGGCGCUCGCUGCGUACAAAGUUCCCGCUUGUUUGUGGAAGAAAGCGGCGAAGAAGAAUAAGCAGAAACGGUUGCAGAAUCAACAGAAGAAAAACAAGAAGAACGAAACGGCACUGUUUGAUCAUAACAAACCUGGCGGGCCUGGGCUUGGGCCUGAUGCGGUUAUUGUCGGGCCCACGUUGGAAGAGCAUUUGGCGAAGGAAGAGGUACCGGGAGGUGCUAAAUUGGAAGAAGAGAUGUGGGCCCGGUUCAGCGCAAGCGGUUUUUGGAGGAGUGAUUCUAUGCGACAAGAACCGGAAUUGCAAACCGGGGAAAAGGACCGUUAG